UUUUGGCUGCUCUACUUUGUUUUCUGCUGUUAUUUAUUUCCAUUUCGUUUUCUCCGUAGUGAUCUCGAGGUGGGUUUUUAGUUUUGCUCGUCAUCAAUGGAGAUGAAUGUAGCCUUGGCUUAGUUUCCGAAACGAUUCUAUCAUUUUUAUAUUCCCUACAUUUCACAACGCCAUUUAAAAAAAAUCAUCUUUUUUUUUUUGAUGUUUGGGCUUAUAAAUUUCAGGUCCUUUUCUUGAUCAGUCGAUAAAAGAGAUUUUUUUUUUGGGAAUAUUUAUCAGGCCAUGGCAGUAGUUGAGAAUGGUUCGAAUCAAGAUGCGGCUGCAACAGCAGUGGCAUCAAACGAUCAGGAUCAGUCAAAGCAAAACCAUGUUGGGUCAAGAAUUGAUCCGAGCUUACACCAGAACGAUCAGGGGUUAUACGACAAGAUCGGUGCCCCCCAUCAUCGAUCCAACGGUGGGGAUUUACAGAUGAGCAAUGGUGGUACUGGGGAUGACGUUGGGGAUAGCUUCAAGAGAGACAUGAGAGAGUUGGAAGAACUGUUCUCUAAGCUUAACCCCAUGGCUGAAGAGUUCGUGCCCCAUUCAAUUGCUAACCAUGGACUUAAUGGAGGGUUUUUCAUUAACAACUCUUUUCUUCAAAACAACACUAACAUCUCGAGGAAUGGUCAUGCUAAUGGAAAUGGUGCUGGUAGGCGGAAAAUUUUCAAUCAAGGUAAAAGGAGAUUAAACAAUAGGACAAGUAUGGCCCAGAGAGAAGAGGUUAUCCGUAGGACUGUUUAUGUGUCUGAUAUUGACCAACAGGUCACCGAAGAGCAGCUUGCAGGUUUAUUUGUGAGUUGCGGGCAGGUGGUUGAUUGCCGCAUAUGUGGUGAUCCUAAUUCUGUGCUUCGUUUUGCCUUUGUUGAGUUCACUGACGAAGAAGGUGCGCGAGCUGCUCUGAAUCAUGCAGGGACUAUGCUUGGAUUCUACCCAGUUAGGGUGCUACCUUCGAAAACAGCUAUUGCACCAGUUAACCCAACAUUUUUGCCAAGGAAUGAAGAUGAGCGCCAGAUGUGUGCAAGAACUAUCUACUGUACAAACAUUGACAAGAAGGUUACUCAAGCUGAUGUUAAGCUCUUUUUCGAAACAGUCUGUGGGGAGGUUUAUCACCUGAGGUUGCUGGGGGACUACCACCAUUCAACUCGCAUUGCUUUUGUUGAGUUUGUAAUGGCUGAAAGUGCAAUUGCUGCUCUCAACUGUAGUGGUGUGGUUCUGGGGUCAUUGCCCAUAAGGGUAAGCCCAUCAAAGACCCCAGUUCGGCCGCGCACCCCUCGCCUUCCCAUGCACUGAAUCAUUGUGGCACUCCAACUGAUUUUAGUACUGGUUUAUAUAUAUUUAAAAUCCAUACACACACCCAUGUAAAGAUGUUUCCCAUGUGGAUGGCUUGUCCAUUUAUAUUAUAUAUAUUGUCCUCUGCAGCGCUUGGUUGUUUA